AUGGCAUCUAUGAGUCCUGCUCUCCUCCUUCCUAAGCACAGCACGCAGCUUUUUCGACGAUGCGAGGGUCUGACAUCCUUCCGGUUGUACAUAAGACAUUACGGGACGCCUCAGUCUCCUGCACAGAAGCGGAAGAAGGUGUGGACAUCCGCAGAUGCUGCUGUGCAAGAUGUCAAGUCGGGGGACAUCGUACUGAGUGGAGGGUUCGGCUUGUGUGGUACUCCUGAGACUUUGAUCACUGCCCUUUCACGACGAAAGGGCGUCCACGGUUUGACUGCUGUGUCAAAUAAUGCUGGUUCCAGUGAUUUGGGUCUGGUCAAACUAAUGAAGAGCGGCCAGCUUGACAAGCUCAUAAUCUCAUACCUUGGCGGAAACAAGUACCUUGAGCAGAUGUAUCUCGAUGGAAAGAUGUCCCUCGAACUGGUACCGCAAGGUACCCUCGUUGAACGGAUGCGCGCGCACGGCGCAGGCAUUCCCGCCUUCUUCACACCCACAGGUGCCUCGACGACCGUUGAAACUGGUGGUAUCCCCAUCCGAUACAAAGUAGGCGGCUUCAAAGAAGGUAUCUUGAUCCCUGGAAAUAAAAAGGAAUAUCGAGAGUUCAACGGAAAGCGGUACAUUAUGGAGCCAGCCAUCGCUGGCGACGUUGCGUUCGUCCACGCCUGGAAGGCAGACGAGGCAGGUAACCUCAUAUUCCGAAAUGUUGCAAACAACUACAAUAAUGUCAUGGCAAGGGGUGCGCGGUUGGUAAUCGCAGAGGCAGAGGAGAUUGUCCCCGUCGGAUCAUUAUCCCCAAACUCUGUCCACGUCCCAGGGAUAUUUGUUGACCGGGUUGUGCAAGCUACAGAACCGAAAGGGACUGGUGGAGGCCCCUCACCUGAGGAACUAUUGGAAAAGAGCACACGGCGCAGAAUGGCAAAGCGUGCAGCACAAGAGCUCAGUGACGGUUUUUAUGUGAACCUUGGUGUUGGCAUUCCCACUCUCGUUACGGAAUAUCUACGACCGGGCGUCAAGAUCUGGCUGCAGAGUGAAAAUGGCAUUCUGGGAAUGGGUCCAUUCCCCACCGAGGACCAAGUUGAUCCAGAUAUCACAAAUGCCGGAAAGGAAACGACUACCUUGCUACCGGGCGCUUCGAUUUUCGAUUCAGCUGAUUCGUUUGGUAUGAUUCGGGGCGGUCACAUGGACGUUGCCAUCCUUGGUGCUAUGCAAGUAUCGCAGGCUGGCGAUAUCGCAAACUUCAUGAUUCCAGGCAAGCUUGUAAAGGGCAUUGGUGGAGCCAUGGACCUCGUGUCAAAUCCUGACAAGACAAAGGUCAUCGUGACCAUGGAACACUGUGCUAAGGAUGGAAGUCCAAAAAUCAUGCAGGAGUGUUCUUUGCCACUGACUGGUACGCGGGCGGUCAGCCAGAUUAUUACGGACCUCGCUGUGUUCAACGUUGAUCGGUCUGGUGGCUUCUUGACGCUCAUGGAGUUGGCCAAGGGUGUGACUGUGGAGGAGGUACAAGCCAAGACAGCCUGCGACUUCAAGGUCUCCGACAACCUUGGAGAGAUGUGA